CUGUGGAGACAUCCAACCACAACCAAAAAUCAAAACAACUGUCAAACUCUUGAAUAUUAUUCAAUUUAAAUUCAUUGGAUGUAAUUUUAAGAGAACUUUGAUCAACAACUAUGGCGUGGAAGAAUCAGAAUAAUCAGCGCUGGGCUCCAAACCCGAAACAAAACCAAUAUUACUCAGAUCUUCCUCCGCCGCCGAUGCCUCAGUUCGACCGGAAUUUCACCAUUCCCUCGUGCCCACCGGGUGGCCCCCCCUUUCGACCCGAACCGCGUUUCAGGUCGCCAAUGACGGACGUCGAGUACGAUGGCCCGCCGGGCGAGAGGAAGAAGCGGUUCCCCUACCGAGGGCCCGCGCCACACAGGAACCCCGCUCCUGGGCCGCUGGGGCUGACCGGGCCUUGGCAGAACAUGGGAGGGGCUCCUCCGGUGCCCAACUUCCGCAUCAACAGGCGUGGAUCCUUCAGAGGCCGAGCGCCCGGCCCCCUCAGGCCGCCGCCGCCGCAUUUCACCAAUGGAGGGCCACCUCCGGGAAAUUUCCAUCCGCCGCCGGCGCUUUUUGUAAAGGAUUUUCCCAAAUUUAAGAAAGCCAGUCCGUAUAAUAUGACUGUCAAUCCAACGGGAAAGGUGGACGUUGCGGCUGCUAAGCAAAAAUUGCUUGAAACUGUGCUGGACAAAAAAUACGUCGGCCUGCCCAAGGAGCUGCUCGACAUGUUCAGUCCUCUCAAGUGUGAUCUCUGUAAUGCUAAGAUGAACUCAAACGCCAUGGCCAAGCUGCACUACAGCGGCAAAACUCACGAGAAGAAGGUGCGGCAGUUCAUGAGUAACCAUGGCGAAGGAGCACCUCCGGCAGCCCCUGCGGCAAAGAAACCAAAGCUGUCUGAGGAGGAAAAGCCGAUUCUGAUCACGGCCAAAAUGCAGCUGGACGAGGAGGGCGCGUCAGCUCCAGCAACUGAAGACGCGGCGUCCCAACAAAAUGAGAAGACUGCCACAGCUGUGAUCCAGAGCCAAAAAAUGGAGUGCGUGCACUGCAAUGUGUCUUUUGUGAAUCCCAAUCAGGCGACGCAGCAUUUCAUGAGCAGAAACCACUCGAGGAAAAUGAAAGGAUUGGAUCCUCCGAAAAACGCAAAGUACUACAAUCCUGACACGUGCGAGUGGCAAGCCAAACCGAUGGCCCUGCCAGCAGAAGACCCAACUGGAAGAUUUGGCAUUGGAUCUGAAUUCUCAAGGCCGCUCGACUCUCCUCCGUUUGUGUCGUCCACGUCGAAAGCGCCGCCCGACAAGUCAUUGAAAGUGUACUGUGAUGUUUGCGACUGCUUCACCACGUCAGAGGAGCAGAUGCAGAACCAUCUCAAGGGCAGUAGACACCAGAAGAAAUGGGCUGCCAAACAGAAGGCCCAGGCAAACUUGCCGCAAGGCAUUUUCCUAGAAGAGCCUGCUCCGAAAGAGCCGUCAAUCAACGCGGUCAUCAAGGAGUUGAAGCAGGUCGGCAAAAAGGCAGCCGCCGCCACUGACAUGUCUAAUUACCGCACUCCCUCAGGCAACUACUACUGCUCGAUCUGCAAUCUGUCUGUGAAUUCCGAGAGCCAGUUCAAGUCUCAUUCGGACAGCAAGAAGCACAAAGCUAAGCUGGCUGGUGGAAAACCUUCACCGUCUGGCAAAAAUGGGUCCGCCAAGUGGGAACCGCCGCCUGCACUUGAAGAGAAAACCUCCAACAGCAGCUUUGGCCUCAUCCCAGCUGAUGACGAGCCUUCCAGGAACUGAAUUUUAGUUCUUAACGUAGAAACAAUUUUCUGUGCAAAGGGACAGUUUCUGAGUCCCUAUUAUUAGCCUGCUUUUAAUUUAUUUGCCAAGCAGCAUAUUCUGAUCGUAAAUGAAAGUUGUUACCAAUUUCUUAAAUUUGCUUUUUGUGUCAGAAAGACUAUUUCGUCCUGGUCGCGGUAAAAUUGCGCAUCUUUCAACAAACACCAAAACUUUCACUGUUGAAUUGAUUUUUGCCCUUUUCUGGCAAGAAGGAAAUUCACGUUUGGUUUUAGAAAGUUUCGCAAUUUUUCCGCUACUAGGACGGAAAAUGAAUAGAAAUUUUCAAGUUGUAAUGACAAAAUUUUUUUACACUGGUUGAAGUAUAUAGCCUUAAAAACUGUGGAAAAUCCUUUUGACUUUUACUUGAAAUACUUUCUAUAAAUGAGGAAAACGUUAACAUUUUCCCAGGUCGCGGUUUAAAUUUCUACAUGCUAAUCAAGCGGCGAGCUCUGUCUCCUUCUCUCCUUAUUGGAAAUCAUUUAUUUCGCUAAAAGGGAAAUUUGGCUCACAUUUUGCAAAUUAUUGAAUAGAUCGUGACAAGACAGAUUGAAAAUUCAAACGAAAAAGUAUUUGACAGAUUUAUUAAUUUUUCGAGAAAUUUGGCUAACUCUGAAAGUUACCUGUUCCUUGGUCCUGAUUUCAUUAUUUCACUGUUGCUUAAUAAAUUCCACAAACAAUAAUCUCAAUGAACCCCUUACUUGCUAUAUACAACAAUUCAAAAUGUUCUUAAACAUUGGCCUUCAAACAGUUGAAAUUUGAUAUUUUUUGUACUGAUAAUUAUAAUUAACUAUCUCUGUGAGGAUAAUUAAAUUAUUUUAAGGAUUGGAAUGACCAAAAUAACGCGUAGACUCUCUUUGGUUGUACCAACAUAUCUGAUCAGUAUAGUACCGUUCUGACGUUGCUAUUUGUGAUUUUAAACGAACCAUGCAUGUUUGGAACGGAAAGUGUAAAUGUUUCAAUAAAUUAGCCUAGUUCAAACA